CCUCCGUUCCCUUCUUCCUCUGUGAGGUCGGCCUGGUCACCCCCGUGCGCCACGGCUUCUUCUGCAACGACAGCAGCAUCAGCUACCCGCUACGGCACUCGGAGACCGUCAGCGACUCCGUCCUCAUCUCCGUGGGGAUCCUCAUCACCUCUCUAGCGAUCACCCUGGGCGAAAGCUACCACGUGCACACCUUCCCCCACAGUUCGCACGCCGUCGUCCGCAACCCUUACGUGGUGGCGCUCUACAAGGAGAUCGGGGCCUUCCUCUUCGGCUGCACGGUGGGCCAGUCGCUCACCAACAUGGCCAAGGUGGCCGUGGGCCGCCUCCGCCCACAUUUCCUGGCCGUGUGUCGGCCAAACUUCACUCACAUUGACUGCUCUGCGGGAUACGUGGAGGAGUACAGCUGCACCGGCGGCGUCUCCGAGGAGAAGGAGGCAAGAAAGUCAUUCUACUCGGGUCAUGCCUCCUUUGCCAUGUAUUCCAUGAUGUACCUGGUG